UUUUCCUUUUUUGCCUCACUCACGUCACACCUACCUGCCUGUCUUCUUCUCGCUCUCCGAUCUCUGUGAUCUCUCCAACGCACACACACACGCUCUCCCACAGUGCUUGUGCUCACCACCAAACAAGAAGAACCAGCUAACACCCCCCAACUCGAAGAUGUCCAUGAUGCGAUUCGCUCGUAUGAAGCAGGCCUCCGCUGCCUUGCUGGGUGCUGCUGGCCGUUGCCGUGGCUCACCACAAGCCGUGCUUGCUGCUGCUGGCGUUCGCCUCUUCCACUGCCCCGUCAGCGAGCAGGUUGUGGGCGACAUUGAGCUCACAGACGAAGACAUCAACGCCUACGAUCGCAAAGGAUUCAUUCGGGUGCCGCAGAUCCUGAGCGCAUCGCAGCUCGAGAAGUGGCGCACGGCCGUGGACGAGGCUGUUGCUGAGCGUGCAAACAGCCCUGUCACCCACGGCGCUGAGGAGGAGCGUGCAGACAAUGUCUUCCUGCAGCGCGUCAACCUGUGGGAGACGCAUGAGUCGCUGGCCACCAUCCUGUCCAAUGCCAAAGAAGUGCUGGGGCGUAUGGCCUGCCAGCUUGAGGGCAUCUCCGGCGUUCGCGUGUACCACGACCGCGCCAUGUACGAGCCCGCGUUUGCCGAUCAGCUGCCCUGGACGGUUGACAUGCCCCACUGGUCCUUCACAUCCCCGCACGCGCUCUCCAUCUGGAUUGCCCUCGACGACAUCACGCCAGAGAGCGGUUGCAUGUACUUUCUCCCAGGGAGCCACAAGAUCAUCGAAGAAGUUGCCCAACGCGAGGGCAAGUACCGCGACGUUGGCCGCGGAAAGUACAUGCGCAAGAUCUUUGAUGAGGUGCCUGAACUGCUCGAAUCGGGCAAGGACGCAAUGGCGGUGGAUCUCAAGGCCGGCGACUGCAUCUUCCACAAUGGCCGUGUCGUGUAUGCCUCGGGCCCGAACAUGACCUCCAGUCCGCGCCGCGCCAUGACCAUCCAGCUGAUGCCAUUUGGGUGCACCUUCAACGGCCGCCGCAGCUUCCUCACUGAGGAGGAAUUCAAGGCCCUCAAGGUUGGGGACAGCCUUGACGAUGACAAGAGCCAUCCCAUCCUGUACACCGUGCCAGAGGAGCAGGACACCAGCAGCAGCGCGUAAUGUCCCUGCUCACCCCACUGACGCGUGGGGACACUUUGACGCACGUGAAUGGAGUUAACAGCAGUCGGCGUGCCAGUCCGUGGUUGUGGGUGGUUGGCAUGUACACGCCCGCGUGUCUUGAAGACACAUCCCAAUUGCCCCCCCCCCUGUGUGUCUGUGUGUCACGCUGUAUUCCUUGAUUUUUUCUUUCUUUCUUUUCUGAGUGGUUUCCUUUUUCUGCAAAAUGAUUGCAUUCAUUGUUGUAUGUGAUGGGUGCCCUGUUUGCUUGCCUGCUUUGCGUUGAUGCUGCUGCUGCUGCUGUUGCUGCUGCUGUCAAUACCCAAAACCAAAUCAAACAACACCAG